GACAGACCGAACAUAUAAGAAGGAAACCAGAGAUCUGGUGCUAUUACUUCCCUGAGUCUAAGGGAACGAGUAAGCACAGAAUUAAAAGCAUUCUUCAGCCUGAAGUUUUAAGGAGUGCACUGAAGAACUAGACAAGCUGGUUUAUGAUAAAUAAGUUUAAAACUCCAACAACCAAAGGUGGUAAAAAUUAAGAGCUGCUGACAUUUCAACAUGAAAGGCAACUUCACCCCUGCCACCAUCAACAAAAACGUCACCAGCAGUCUGGACUUCGGACUUGGGAACAUCUCUGGCAAUGACUCUACCUUUAACUGCUCACAUAAGCCAUCAGAUAAGCAUUUAGAUGCAAUUCCUGUUCUCUACUACAUUAUUUUUGUGAUUGGAUUUCUUGUCAAUACUAUUGUGGUUACACUGUUCUGUUGUCAAAAGGGCCCUAAAAAGGUUUCCAGCAUUUACAUCUUUAACCUGGCUGUGGCUGACUUACUGCUUUUGGCCACUCUUCCUCUCUGGGCGUCCUAUUAUUCUUACAGAUAUGACUGGCUCUUUGGGCCUGUGAUGUGCAAAGUUUUUGGUUCUUUUCUGACCUUGAACAUGUUUGCUAGCAUUUUUUUUAUCACCUGCAUGAGUGUUGAUAGGUACCAAUCUGUCAUCUACCCCUUUCUGUCUCAAAGAAGAAAUCCCUGGCAAGCAUCUUAUAUAGUUCCCCUUGUUUGGUGUAUGGCCUGUCUGUCCUCAUUGCCAACAUUUUAUUUUCGCGAUGUCAGAACCGUUGAGUAUUUAGGAGUGAAUGCUUGUGUGAUGGCUUUCCCUCCUGAGAAGUAUGCCCAAUGGUCUGCUGGGAUUGCCUUAAUGAAAAAUAUCCUUGGUUUUAUUAUCCCUUUAAUAUUCAUAGCAACAUGCUAUUUUGGAAUCAGAAAACACUUACUGAAGACCAAUAGCUAUGGGAAGAACAGAAUAACACGUGACCAAGUCCUGAAGAUGGCAGCUGCUGUUGUCCUGGCGUUCAUUAUUUGCUGGCUUCCCUUCCAUGUUCUGACCUUCCUGGAUGCUCUGGCCUGGAUGGGCGUCAUUACUAGCUGUGAAGUUAUAGCAGUCAUUGACCUGGCACUUCCUUUUGCCAUCCUCCUGGGAUUCACCAACAGCUGCGUUAAUCCCUUUUUGUAUUGUUUUGUUGGAAACCGGUUCCAACAGAAGCUCCGCCGUGUGUUUAGGGUUCCAAUUACUUGGCUCCAAGGCAAGAGAGAGAGUGUGUCAUGCCGAAAGAGCAGUUCCCUUAGAGAAAUGGAGACCUUUGUGUCUUAAACAUGAGAAUGGAAUACAGGUCAUGGCUAUUUGGUUUGAGGUCCCCUUGAAUUCUCUUUUAAUGGCUUUCGUAAAAUUAGUUUUCCCCCUUAAUGUAAUCUUUCACUGUUCUAGAAUAGGAAACUAUACGUUUUAUCCUCCAGUGACAGUCAGAAAUGGCCACCUCACCCCUUUUAUCUGGUCUAUUAAUACAAGACUGUCAUUGGGCAGAUAUCCAUAACCUAGAAGUAACUUGGAAUUUAUCUCAAAUUAUAAUUAAUAACAAAUUGUGAACGAGAAUUUGGGGGUUCAGAUUUCUCCUUGACCAAUGCUGAAGUUUUUUA